AUGGCUGUUGUUGCUAGGUUACGUGACCUUGAACUAGUAAAUAGGCGGCUUACAGAGGAGAAGUCACGUUUGCAGCGGCAGCUAUAUCAUGUUCUUCAUCGACUUGCAUCGGGCCAGUUCGUUCGCCAUAGUGGAGAGCCACGAGUGGUGUCCGCACUGCUUCGCGAGAUUUUACAGUCAACGGAGUUUGAUCGAUCGAGGGAAAGUGUUGUCCAAGCACCUCUAGCAUCGACGGAGUCUUCAAAUUUAAUGGAGUCAAAUGGACUGGCAUCGAUCACCGACUAUUCCAGUCUAUCUGACACUUUUGAGGACAUCGCUCUCACAGUGGAUCCAGUGAGGAUGGUAAGCCUGGAAAUCCCCUCAGUGGAGGAGUAUGCAGACCUCCAGACGCUCAAAGAGCCAGUUGGUAUGCGUCAGUCACCAUCUAGUUCAGGAGCCUCCGAGGUACCUGCUGACUGGGCCGUCCAGUUUCCAUCUUCGCCACAGUCUUCGUCCUAUUCGGUUGAAUCAUUGCGGUCUCGUGGUGGCGCACCCCAGCAGUACCCGCUCGUACCGCACUCCGAGACACGCACGGCUCCGCAAACUCCGGUUAUCUCUCGACGACCUCAACCCUCCGCCUCCCUCCCCUCCUCCCCGUACAAAUAUCCUUCUCGUAGGGCUCUUCGUCGUGGCGUUGUUGAAGUCAGGUCCAAGGGUCUUGAAACUCCUGUCGAGGAGGCUGCGAUUCCUGGAAGAGUGAAAACCCACCGCCCCCAACAGGUUGCUUACUCGCUCAAAAUGUCACCGAGAUCAAAGCGCACGGACGGCACUGCAGCAUCCUCACCUACAUCGCUGUUUGUUCCUCACCCCCUUCGUCAAGCACUCAAGCGAACCACCCACAAACCACGAGUUAAAAUCGGCCCCUCUGAGGACUUUUUAAAUGACUUUUUUGCCUCUGCGCCCAUCUCAGGCGGAACUGUUCAUGAGGAGGGCCUGCAUGCAGCGAUAAUUUUCGGACGAUCCGCUGAAGUAGCUCGGGAAUUGGCAAGUCUGUUCACCCACCUUCACUCCUUCACGUGUGUUCGAAACCAGUGCUUUGUUAUACAGAGUGUUCCCGCGCAGGAGUUGCAGAGGAACCUCACUUACUACCUCCAAACCCAUGGAACUAAUUUUCAGCGAUUGUGUGGUGAGGAGACAUCGUCUGAAGAAGCGCGUUCGACUGCAGAAAUACCGCUUACCACCCCCUUUAUUGCAGUGCCAACACGUCCACGGCCAUCUCCCCCGCCACCGCAACCGUCUACAAGUCAGUAUCGAAGCUCGUCGGCCUCCACGGAAUACAACAUCCCUCCAACUGAAGAUAGCAAUAAUAAUUUAGAAACGGAACGGCUCGAAAUCCUGAAGCACAAUGCCUACCACGAGGGACGCCUUUCGAAGCUGAGUUCCAGAUUCAAAUUAUGGCAAAACUUUUGGUGUGUUCUGGCCGGCAAGAGCCUCUUCUUUUACGCUGAUGUCACAGAAGUAACCAAUUGGCCGAGGAAGUGCAUCGACUUGGCCGAAAUUCAACGAGUCGAGAGUAGCCAAAGUGCUCGGUCUAUUCGCUCAGCCGGCACGUCCGUUGAUCACGUGGCCUUAAUAAACCUCAUUCUGCGCAAUGAGAAAACGUACACCCUGCGUUCCCUCACCUCCAGUGAAACUCGUGUUUGGGAAACAAAACUUCGACGAGCUGUACGACGCGUUCAAGCAGAAAGGAUUGUCCAGAUGUAUAGCGCUCAGUUGGCGACCAGCGGGUGGCUACGCCAGUAUCGAAGGGGUCAGUGCCACCGAGUGUGGGGAAUGCUCAUGGGGACUUUUCUGGUCUACUCUCGCGACCCCAAGGGACAAUGGCUCACAGGCUUCCGAGAUCUCAGUAUGACUUACCUUCGAUGUCCAGCCGUACCAGAGGUGAAGCCAGCUGACUCAAGUCCAGACAAUGUCCCCUUCCGGGAAGAAUACGACGACUACAAUCCAUCCGAGUCCGAUUCAGAUAUUGGAGUUGAUGAAAAGGACUUUGAAAAUCGGACAAUUGCGCUGUGGGCUCCAAACCGCGACCCAUUGUACCUGGUUUUUCCAGAUAAUGUCGAAUAUGAUCAGUGGAAGUACCAUCUUCGUCGUGCUUGUUGGUUUCCAACUCUUACUGCUGAUCCAGGUGCUGGUAGCACUGAAACGGGGUCGCGUUUUUUUCACCUCUGGGAACAACUUGUGCGGCCGACGUAUGCACUUCGUCGAGUCCGCUCAGAUGCUUCACUGAAAGAACCGCUUUCUCGAAUUUUUGAAUCCUCCCUGGAAAAGGACGCAAUUCAGCUGUCAGAGAAAUUGCUGUUGUUGUCUACCUUGCAUACCAAACACCAGGAGCGCACGCCAAAAUUCCCCGAGAAGUCGUAUCGCCUGCCUGUCGACGCGGAGAAGUGCAACUCGAUCAAGGAAAUCGCUCAGAUGUGUUUCGAGACCACCAGCCUCAAGGACGAACUCUUCUUGCAGCUUAUCAAACAGGCUACACCGUCCGCGCAUGCAUUCCGCACGCUGACGGACGUUCGGCACUCCGGAACCGAACCAACUCGUCGAAGAGCCUCCCGAGUUGUAGACUUGCUCUGUCACCGUGACACGGCACAACGCAGGAGGGCAGCCAGCACCCAACGGAAUCAUGCAGAAAUCGGACGCUUUGCAUCCUCACGUGGAUAUUCUCAAAAGUGGAUUCCAAUAAUUGUGAUGUGGGAAUGUCUGGCGAUAUAUUCCACAAUGUUCCUUCCAUCACCACCAGUGCUGGCGUGCCUGCAGGCCUAUCUGCUCCAGUUUACAACGCGAAGUGACACGGGACCAGACGAUCAGGGAUCUUCUUCGCUGGGGCGAAGGUCGAGGUAUGCAGAGACCAGAAGGUUGCACAACGAGCUCAGUCGUUUCGCGGCGUUCUGCUCGGAUAUGCUGGUGAGAUGCCGCGUUCGCGGAGGUCGCCGCAUUGUACCCUCGUACUUCGAGGUUGUGGCAAUCUCCCUCCGCAACCCCUACACCCACAGUCUCCCCUUCAGUCUUCCUAUCCACGUACACCUCCCCAGCGGAUAUGAAGUUGUUAGUUUUGACGGAACUAUGAAAGUCUCCCAGUUGAUGGCAAGUCUUGUUAGCAAGCUAGGUCUUUCUGAGGCAGUCACGCUAAACCUCUGUCACUGUGGUCUCUACUGUCGCAUCUCAGGACCACAGCACGCAUUCGGCGGUGUGCCUGCUCGACCCAGAUUAAUAUAUCUGGAAGUGGAAUGGAAUGUCUGCGAUGUCAUCUCCCUCUACGAGUCGACACUAACUCGAACCGACCAGGGCUCGGACUUCAGCCUAGAGGACAUGACUAUCGAUCUGGUCUUCCUCAUCCACGCUGUCUCGAAAAAGGCCGUUGUGCAAGUCUCUCCCUUGACUAAUCGCAUAAUGGACAUUGUCGCGCAUCAACUCCACGCCGAUUUGUAUUCGGGUGAGGUAAACCUCAUUCUCCGUGGCACUCACUACCUCGAACUGACCGCUCUCAUGUGCCGCUGCGACCACCUUGACUACGCAGAACUGCAACGUCGUCAAGAGGUGAGUCUGACGCAACUCGUCAACCGGUACCUCCCACACCACUGCCUUCUCGUUUGGGGCCGCGAUAACGACCAGGCCCUGAUUGAGCUCAAAUUAUUGCUGCUGGAACGCUGGAAUAAGGUGUGUCUCGAGACUUCCAGCCCCGAAGAUUCCAACGAACUCGUUGAACCGGGGCGUCCACGAGCCGCCUACGCGUACACGAUGUACUUUUGGCGUCUUCACCCUGCGGGUGCUUGCGUACGACACUUCCCCUGCAAUCUAGUCAACUCGCCAUUGGUCCCCUCGGACGAAACUAUCUGGCUUGCACCAAGCUUCGACAAAAUUAGCCUCUUGAGGAUGUACACCUUCGACAGCAUUGUGAGCCAUCCUGUUAGGUCGACUGGAAUUGGGGGAACCGUGACAGGAAUGGGAUGUUUUAAACAAAUCCCUCUCGAUCGUGUAAUCUCCUUCGGUGUCCAGCAGACCGGUGCUUUCUUCUUAGUCUCCUCGAAGACGUCAAAGAGGCGUCAUCGUCGUCGAAAGACUCGGCGACACUCUGGAGUGGGGGUGAGUACAGCUUCCACACCCACGGCAUCACCCAAAAAUCACGGUGUGCAGAGGAGAAGCACAUCGAUACGCGAGUCCUUCACCAGACUCUCCUAUUCUCAGCCUGAGGUGCAACUGGAAAAACUCCUGUUUUUCGUUCGAGAUCUCUGUCAAAUCAAUGAAUUGGGUCGUGUGCUGACUUUUUAUCUAGAGAAUUUCCAGUGA